GCAGUAACAGGAACUGAAGCAAAGUGCUGAAAAAUAUGUCUGGAGAGAUAGUGAAGACUCUUCUUCAGAACAGUUUAAUAUCACUCUCGAAUACACUCACAGACUGAGACAGUCCGCUGGAAAAUAAUUUAUCCACCAUGACUGUCAACUGAAGUCACGAUGAUUGGACUGAUAGUGCUGGGGCUUCUAUGGGGAGAGCUCUCUGCAGAAACUCAUUCUCUCCGGUAUUUUUUCACUGGUAUGACUCCGAUUCCCAAUUUCCCAGAGUUUGUGAUUGUUGGUUAUGUGGACGGGGUCCAGUUUGUUAUGUAUGACAGCAGUCGCAAGGAUUUAAUUCCCUGGGAACAGUGGAUGGUGGACAGCGAAGGACCUGAGGCCUGGAAGCGGAAACUUUCCCUCGCUAAGGACGGAGAAGAAAUUUUCAAAAGCAGUAUUCCGAUAUUUAUGUCACGGACCAACCAGACAGAGGGGAUCCACGUUUACCAGAUGAUGACUGGCUGUGACCUGAGGGAGGAUGGGACUGUGAGUGGGUUCAACCUCCGAGGAUGGAACGGGCAAGAUUUGAUCAGCUUCAAUAAGGACCACAAGGUGUGGGUGACCCCAGUCCCCUGGGCGGAAAGCAUCAAAAACAGAUGGGACCAGGAUGUGGUGAGUAAGCAGAAGUGGAAGCAUUACCUGGAGGUGGAGUGCAUCGAGUGGCUGAGGAAAUACCUGGAGUACGGUCAGAGGGAGCUGAGAGUCGUUCCCCCUGAUGUGUCCUUUGCCCGUCUGGGUGAUUCUAACUGGCUGUCCUGUCUCGUCACUGGGUUUUACCCACAAGCCAUUGAGGUGACUCUGUGGAGGGACGGAGUGUUGAUCGAUGAGUCCCUCUCCACUGGGAUCUUACCCAAUCACAACAGGACCUACCAGAUCCGGAAAUGGAUAGAGUUUGAUCCGGAGGAUCAGGCUGAAUAUUCCUGUCAGGUGGAGCACAGCGGACUGGAGGAGAAGCUGGUGGUGAUUUAUGUCCCAAAGUCUCACUCCCAGGUUCUUGUUACUGUCGGGAUUGUGUUCGGACUCCUGGGGAUCAUCUCUCUCGCUGUUGUGGCUGUUGUCAUUCACAAGAAGAAAGGGGGAAUGAAGAGCGGCUACAAUCCCACAAACACUUCUGAUGAAAGGACAUCCUCAGACAGUUCUGCCAUUUCCUGAGGAUCCUCUAAUCUCCUUGCUGGACACCAGGUUUCCAUUGCUGGAGCUGAUCUUCUAAUUUGUUCAUCCUCAGUUUCAGGAGUGAUUUGAAUUGUCAGUCUGGCUUAGUGAAAUGUUUACAUUUUGUUAAUAGUAGAUUAUUGAAAUCCCUCUGUGGCAGAUGUUGAAAUGUGAAUUCAGUCAAAUUUAAAAUGAAGAGACAGCUUAAUGGUGACCAUGUAACCAUUAUUGUUUGUUGUUAAAAGCCAUCUGGUUCACUAA